UAACGCCCAGCGCCGUGCAAGAGUUCCCCUAAUUUGGACUAGCGCAGACUGCGGGACUGUCUGAUCGGAGUGUGCGGGGUCUUUUGCCUGGAUCGAAACGGCGAUGCAUGUGACAUCUCCACCUGUUGCUGCUCGACUUUAGAACUGCGAAAGAGAUAUCCCUGGGGAGUUCUGGAGCAAGUCUUUUGAAGAAAGUGAAUUGCAGCGCCACCCGCUGGGGACUGCGGACGGACGGCGCCCUACCCAAGUCAAGUUCACUUCGGUCUGGUGCUCCCUGGCCCGUUGUUGAUUUCGCCGCUGCUGCUUGCCGUGCGGUCACCGCCCGCAGCGACGACGGGCCCCACAGUAGCGGAACGUGCGCGUUGACGAGUCAGCUGGCCACCUGUUGCUGUCGCCGCCGCCUGGCCCGCCGCUGCUAUGCUGCUGGUGCCACCACGGUGAGACGAGCGGGCCGCCGAACGGAGACCCCGAGUUUGGCGGCGUGUUUCUUCUGAGGACUAUGCACUAUCGCCGCUAUGCUUACAACUAUGACUCAGCCGACCUGUUCGCGACGCCCGGCGUGCCGUGGCAAGCCAUCUGCCGCAGCAAGAUGUGCGUCAAGACUUUCUUUUUCGCCACGGCCACUUUCCUGCUGGGCAUGGUGUUCCUCGUCACGAUGCGCCUCUCUCUGCACGACCAGCGGGUCACCGUCGACGACUACGACCUGCCGCCGUCGCUGGACGGUUGGAAGGUGCAGGCUCUGUGUCAGGGACCCCCGCUGGACGUGCUGUUCUUCGUGCACACCGCGUCCGAGCACUCGUCGCACCGUCAGUUCCUGCGCGACACCCUCGGCGACUCCGUGGUCAGCGAGCAGCUCAACUCGGCCAUGGUCUUCUUCGUGGGCCAGUCCAAGAACCUCACCGUUCGCCGCGCCGUCCAGGAGGAAGCCCGCAGCGUGGGCGACGUGGUCGUGUUCCCCUUCGUGGACACGUACCGCAACCUGACCUACAAGUUCGUCUACGGCCUCAAGUGGGCCACCGACAACUGCCGCGAGUCGGUGCGCUUCGUGGUCAAGAUCGACGACGACGCGCUGGUGAACGUGUUCCUGCUCGCCGACUACCUCAAGAACGUCACCAGCUCGGCCGACACGAGCAUCCACUGCCUCGCCUGGAAGCGAACGCCCGUGGUGCGGAAUCGCAAGUCCAAGUGGUUCGUCACCCGCCAGGAGUACGCGGCCCGCACGUACCCGACCUACUGCGGCGGCCUGGGCUUCAUCCUGCCCGUGCGCACGCUGCCCAUGCUGUUCAACGCGUCGCGCCAGGCGACGUUCCUCUGGAUCGACGACGUCUACUCGACGGGCAUCCUGGCCAAGGUGGCCGGCGUGGGACACGUGCAGCUGCGCCAGUACUACGACCUCUAUCCGAACGAGACGGCGCCCAGCGUCAGGCCCAAGGCCAUGUUCACCCACCUGGGAACGCCCAGCAUCGUCGAGCAGCGGUACAGGCUGUGGGACGAGCUGAUGCAGAUGCACAACGCGACUUCGAGGACAGAAGGUUCGGGAGGGUAGUGUCUGUGGGGGGUUCUUUCCCCCAAGUAAUUCUUUCGUGUCCAACAUUUGGGUCUGAAUCGCCCCUUGGGCGAUAUCUCAAAACGCGCAGAGAGUGAUGAUGCGCCUGGACUUUCGGAACAGAAUGGUCCUAGGGCGGUACUAUGUAACAGUCCACCUAGUUGACUGUCCAUUUCGAUCGCCGCUGAUUGGCCGGGGGCGCUCGUCUCCUCCUCGCUUGCACCGCUCGAGCCAGUCAGCGGCGGCCGAAAUGGACAGCCCACUAGGUGGACUCUUACAGGAUACCCCUCCUAAGGCUACGUCGGUACACGAGUGUUCUAAAGACAAGUCUCAACGCCGUGCCUCGAGGUGGUUCUCCGUGUUUGGAGUCAAAGGUCAGAGUUCGGCGAGUGCCAGUUCGCGGAAGGUGCGGCGCAAGCUCGGUGACGAGUUUUUCGUGUCUCAAGCAGUGAGACGUCGGCGACUACACUACGCAGAGUCGCGAGACCUGUGCCUCGAAAGGUGCGCGGUACCCGUUUGCCGGUUGUGUGCGCGCUAUAACCCAGUGUGCCAGGCUCUGUUCCCCGAAGAAGCCAGAUGAGUUUGUGCCAUCGCAUCGCCCGCUGUGCUGAAGUGCAGUGCCUACGUCUGUCGCGCGGGUCCGACGUGCUACCUAGUCGCACGUGAAGUGCUGAAGACCGUGGCGGCCACUGACGAUUCACGCAUCGUGCGGUUCACACAGGAGUUUCCUGGCGCACAGAAGGUUAGCGCAAGUGACACACCGUAACCACGGUCACAAUCAACGCAUACGCAUCGGCCCCUGAAGUCGUGUGUGUCGCUCUCUAAAGCUUGUAACGUUGCGCGUUUCUGUUGUCUCGUCAUGGUGCAACGUUGUGUUCCAGCAGUUUGCGUCGAUGGACGAUCUCUGUAGCGCGGAAGAUGUAAUUUUUUCUGCGCUUGCGCGGUGCCGAUACCUGCAAGGGCAGCGCGCAGUAUGUUGCAUGUUAUGCAGUAACAGAUGGAACGGUGCGAGACUUUCAUUUUUACGCAACGCCGAAGGUCUGCGAAAGUCAGCUGAGCUUUCAGCGUAAAUACCGAAUUGACAGUUCGUGAUCAAGCCCACCGCAUAUCGAUUACUUCGUUUUUUACACGUGGCAUCGGGAAACGUUUCCGAGUCUACACGCGAAGCGUGUUAAGUUAAUGCCCUGCGAACGUUGGUUGUUGUGUUUUUGCAAAUGUAGCGCAGAUAUUUAUGCCGGUACGUUGUAGUAUUUUGUUCAUUACCGUUUUAUGAGAGUCUACUCCGAACGGCGCUCUAAGAGCCCUACUAUGUCGGGAUAAAAAAAAUAUUUGAGUUUUCACCGGCAUUGAACGAGUGGUCUGUUUAUCCUUUUUAUAGUGUUCUUGUAUCUUCUCCUGUUACAGAAGCCUCGGUAAUCUGAAUUACAUCAAGGCAACACGCGGUUGAUCUCGGUCAAAUAAACCUAGUCGGCACAUUCCCUA